AUGAAUUUGAUAGAAUUUUAAGUUGCUGAUAAUAAUUUCGACAAGGAUGGAAACAAGAGAAUUGAAUACCUAGAUAACUAGAAAAAUAUUAUGUAUUUUAUAAUUGCAUUUAGUGGUUAUGGAUAAUAUGAAGGGUACAAAAAAAAUGGAACAUGGAAAGAAGUGAUUGAAGUUUAUAGACAACACAUAAUUACAGCAAAAGGAGAUUAUAAUUAAGGUAAAAAAUAAGGAAAAUGGAUAUAUUAAAUAAAUGAUUAACUAUUGUAUUAUUGAAAUCUAUUAUUAAGAGGGGAAAAAACAUUCAUUCAAGAUAGAGAAAUUGGAAAUUCCUUUUGUUAUUUCCUUUAUAAGUAACCAAACAUCUCAAAUGAUAUUUGGUAUUUAGUUGAAGAAUUUUUACUUUAUGAGGGAUAACGAAUUACUUAAAGUUUUAUUUUCAAUUUUAAUAAAUUUAUGUAAGAUAGCAAAUUUAAUUUAGAUAAUGUGGGAAUUACUUUAUUGGAGGUAUAAAAAAAGGAAAAUGGAUAGAAUUAGAGUAAAACUCAAUUAUAUUUGAUAAAUAAAAAGAAAUAUAUAGCUUUAUUUGUUCAGAAGGAAAGUAUAAUGAUGAUGGAGUGAAGGAAGAAGUUUGGGAAUCAACAUUAUAUGAAUAAUAUGAACAUUAAAUUCAUUCUCAUCUUGUUUCUCAAGGUGAGUAUAAGUAAGGCAGAAAAACAGGAGUUUGGACAGAACCUAUUGGAUAUUCAUCAAAAGCUAGUAUGUUGACCACCAUUUAAGGAAAUUAUAAAAAUAACUAGAAAAAUGGAUAUUGGUCAUUUAAAGAAAAACAAAAGGAUAUAUAUCUUGAUGAAGAAUAUUAUUAUGGUGGAGAUUAUGAAUAAGGUAUUAAAGUUAAAGAUUGGAAAGAAAUCAGAAUUUAUUAAAACUUUCAUGCUGAUUCAAUUAUGUAAAUAAUAAUAAUUUAAGUAGACGUAUUUAAGAAGAAGGGUUUUAUAAUGAUGAUGGCAAUAGAAUUAAUGAAUGGAUCUCUUCAUCAUAAGGUCAUAAAGGAAAAUGUUGUUAUGAAAAUGGAGUAUUAAAUGGAUAAGCAGAAAUAUUAGAUUGUAUUGGAAAUUUUAAAAUUCUUUUGUAUCUUUUUAUAAUCUAUAAUAUAGAACUCGAUCAAAAGGUGAAUUCAAUAAUGGAAAGAAAAAUGGAAGAUGGAAAACAUCUAUUAAUUAUGAUGAUAAAUGGAUAUUAUAGUAAAAUAUAUAUUUAUUAUUUAGUGAAGUGGGUGAAUAUGUUAACGAUGUAAAAACAGGAUUAUGGAGAGAAAGCUAGUAUUUUGAUUAAUAUAUUUUAGUAGAAAAUGAAAGAGAUUAAGGAUAGUAUUAAAUUAAUUAAUAUUAGAAUUUUAUAUAUUAAGGAAGGUCAUUAUGGAGAUAAUGGAAAAAAGAAAGAUGAAUGGACUUGGAGAUUCAAAUGUUUAUCUGGUUGUGAUGAUGAAAAUGAAAUCUUUAAAUUAAAAGGAAAAGAAGUAUAUAAUGAAAAUGAAAUAACAGGAAAUAUGAUAUUAUUUGAGAAAACAUUUGGUAAAUAUGAUGCUAGAUGUAUUAUAGUAUAAAAUAUAUAGUUUACUUUUGUGAUGUAUUUGAUGGCUAGAUUUUAAAUGGAUAUAGAAAUGGAGAAUGGAAAUUUUCAGUAAUAUCAGAUCUUGUUUAAAAUGAAAUCAUUUCAAAAGAUACUGAUUCUGAAAAUGAAAAAGAACAAUUUUAGAAUGAAGAAGAAAAUGAAAAUGAAGAAGAGAAUGAAGUAGAGAAUAAAAAUGAAGAAGAGAAUGAAAAUGAAGAAGAAAAUUCUGGAGAAAAUGAAAAUGAAGAAGAAAAUCCUGGAGAAGAAGAAUAUGAAGAACCAGAAAAUUAAUAAAAUCAAGAAAAUUAAGUUUUUCAAAUUUAUAAUAAUGGAAUAAUUAUUGAACCUUGA